AUGUCCCUCCUCAAACGUUUCCUUUCCGAAAUCCGGCAGCAGGUCCGUGAACAGCAGGGUGAUCGACUCGCCGCCUGGCUGCAGGUCGAGCCCAGCGCACCACGGCAGUACCAUGUCCUCGCCGACGAGCUUCGGACCGCCUUUGCCGACUCCAAGGCACUCGACAAUGCCAUCGACUCGCAUCUUCCCAUAGAGGACGACGUCCCCGACGGGCAGGCCACCGUCUGGCCCGGCUUUCAGGCUUUUGUGAAGGAAUACCUCGUCCUGUGGCGAGACAUUGACCACGAUGACCUGCUCGGCGCCCACGAACUGCUGUCGGCCCUCGUCAAGUCAGCAUCUCCUUUCUCCUCUCCCCUUUCUCCUCUCCCCUUUCUCCUCUCCCCUCUCUCGCCCCUUCUUCUCCCCAUGCUGCUCCUCUUUCAUGCCCAUAUCCCUCCGCCUCGCGCUGAGAAUUGGACGAGCUCCGCCUCCAGCACGGCCUUCUCGCACCCUCAGUACGGUGCCAUGCUCAUUCAAGUCUGCAAAUCCCUCUCCGAGUCCCUUGCCCGCUUCACCCUCGAGCUCAACCGCCGGCCCGACCUCACGCGUCGCCUGAGGGUCCGCGACGACGAUGGCGGCUCCAAGUCGGUCGCCGAGUCCUCGGCCGAGAUCAUCCAGAAGAUCUUCAAGGUCUGCCUGAUGGACCGCACCGCUGGCCGGACACCCGAGGGCAAGAAGGCCUGCGUCUACAUGUUUGCCAACCUUGUUCUCAAGCUGCUCUUUGCCUGCAAGAGGACGAACCUCGCGACCAUGAUCUUUCGCAACAUGUCGGCCAGCUGCCCACCCUUGCGUCUCUACCCGGCCUCGCAGCGCGUCACCUACCUCUACUACCUCGGCCGUUUCAACUUCUCCAUGAACCACUACCUUCGCGCCUCCCUCUGCCUCGAGCAGGCGUAUCUCCAGACGCCGCCGCAGCUCGCGUCCCACCGCACCAAGAUCCUGACCUUCCUCAUACCCUGCAACAUGCUCCUCGGCCGCUUCCCCUCGGCCGUCCUGACCCAGCGCCCGGAAGCGCAAACGUUGACACCCAUCUUCCUGCCCCUCUGCCACGCCGUCCGGUCCGCCAACUUCAUGGCGUUCCAGAGCCAUCUGGAACUCCACCGUCGUUGGCUCUGGGCCAAGGGCCUUUACGCCCAGCUCUGCUACCGUCUUCGCCCUCUCCUCUGGCGCUCCCUCGCGCGCAAGACGUUCCUGCUGACGUACGUGCCGCCGACCGAGGCCGACUCGCGCAAGGCCGCCACCCUCGACCUCGCCUGCCUGCAUGCCGUCGCCGUCUUCGUCCAGCGACAGCUCGAGGGUUGGCUUCCCUCCAACCGCAUCGUCCGCGACCGACGCCCGUCCAACGUCAACGCCGUCUUCAUGCAGGCCAUCACGAGCAACGUUCAGGUCCCGGCGGAAACGACGCUCGUCCCACCCCCCGGUGGACCCCGGAAGCUGCGCGCCAACGAGGGCCUGGUCUGCGGCAACAUGCCCGUCAGGCUCCUCGACGUCGAGAUGAUGGUGGCCACCCUCAUACAGCGGGAUUUCAUGCACGGCUUCAUCGCCCACGUUCAGGGCAGGUUCGCCAUCAUCGGGGCCAAGGCGAAGGGCCCGCUCCUCGCCGGCUGGCCAGGGGUGUGGCAGGCCAUCUGCGAGCACAAAUACGAUCAGCCCUACGACCCCAACGAAGUCCCUGGAUGGGUCAAGACCUGA